UGGUUGAGACUGUCUCCUGUGGAGGGAAUCUCUUGAUGAAUAUUGGCCCCACGCAUGAUGGACGCGUACUCCCCAUUUUUGAGGAGCGGCUGAGGCAGAUGGGGCAGUGGCUCCAAGUAAAUGGGGAAGCAAUAUAUGAUACAAAGACCUGGAGAGUGCAGAAUGAUAGCAUCACUCCUGGAGUCUGGUAUACGUCUUCAGCGGAGAAGGGGGUGAUUUAUGCAAUAUUCCUCACCUGGCCAAAACUGGGAUUACUUGCCCUUGGAGCUCCCCAUGUUACAACAGGAAGAACAAAGGUAACCCUCAUUGGAUACCCCAAGCCCCUGCAAUGGGAGAAGAUUGGAGAUCAGGGACUGGAGGUGCUAAUGCCUGAAGUCAACAGUGAACAACUGCCCUGUCAAUGGGCCUGGAGCCUGAAACUCAGUGAUAUAGCUUGAUGAGAUGAGAAAUCAGGGAUUUCUGCUCUGUAUGGCUGGGUCUCAGCAAUCGACACACAGCAUUUCUUUGCGUUCUUGCUUGUUUUGUUUAAUUUUUUUUUAAUUUUGGAAAUGAGAAAUUUCAGUUCCUGAAAAAUGUUUUGGAUUGACCUGAUGUAGAAAGUGAUUUUGUUGGUGUGUGUCAAGGCUGAUGUAUGAUUAAUUUUUUUUUUAACCUCUCUGCCCUUGUUCUUAUUUGUGAAGCUGUAAAACACUGAUGCUGUUUGAACUCGGUACCAAACCAAAAAUGUUCGAAGCCAUCUGUCUGAUGAUUAGGUUGCUGCUUGCCUUGAUGUGAGGUCUCCUGCCUUAGUUUAUAAUCAUUCAACAUGGGCCUGAUACAAGCAGGUGAAAGGCUAAUUAGAUUGUCUGAGUGCUUAACCAUGGGUGAGUGCAAUGGUCAGAGGGAUUGGUGCUUUAGGGUGGAAUUUCAUCUUGGACAAUAGUUUAAAAUGAGUGAGUGUGCAUUGGCUGGCUGUUAUAGGCCUGGCACAAUGCCUAGUGCCAUUCCCAGGUUGGUAUAUGUCAGAUUACUUCAUGCCAAAUCAACGUGGUCUAAUUUACACCCCAUUAAUUGCUGGUUCAGUAACUGUUUACAUGAACAUCAUAGAAUCCUUAUAGUGCAGAAAGAGGCCAUUCAACCCAUCGAGUCUGCACCGACCCUCUGAACAGUGUCACAGCCUCCACCCUAUCCCCACAUUUCCCUUGACUAACCACCAAUCCUGCACCUCCCUGGAUACUAUGGGCAAUUUAGCAUGGUCAAUGCACCUAACCUGCACGUCUUUGGACUGUGGGAGGAAAUCAGAGGAAACUCACACAGACACGGGGAGAACAUGCAACCUCCAAGCUGGGAUUGAAGCCAGGUCCCUGGCGCUGUGAGGCAGUAAGUGCUAACCACUGAGCCACACAUAUAGCACUUUUAGUAAACGUCCCAAUGUUCCAAGCACAAUCAGUCAAGAUCUAUCGCCAAGUUGUAAAAUGAGAUAUGAAGAUCAGCAACCUGAAGACAAAGUGGAGAACUGGGGGCUGGUAUUCCAAAUUCCAUUGCUCAGGCAGGAUCUGCACGGGAAUCCAGAAUGGAGAGGAGUGCAGAGGGCUCAGAGGGUCGUGGGCUGAAGGAGAUUACAAAGAUAGAGCGAGGAAAGGCCGAGAAGGAAUUUGGAAACAAGGAUGAGGAUUUAAAACUGAGCUGUGCCAGACUGGGGAAAUGAGUGGAGAUGAUGGAGAAUAGGACUUGGAGCAGGCUAGGAUACCGAUAGCAGUGUUCCAGGCAGAAGAUGGGCAUCCAGCCAGGCGAACAUUGGAAAAAUAAUCUCCGGAGCUGGGAAAAGACAAAAUGUAGAUUUUAGCAGGAGGUGAGGUGAGGCAGGGAAGGACUUGGGAGUUGAAAAUUAUACAAAUUUUCAUGGAGAUUUGGUUGGAGUCAAAUUAAAUUAACAUGAAUGCCGAGUAAAUAAAGUGUUUUGUUGUUAUCACUUUUGGGCGCAGGUAUUUUGUAGCUAUGUUGGCUGUUUAAUGGUGUGGUUACAAGUAAUUGAAAUCUGCGUUAUUUUAGGAGGUUACAAACAUGGGAUGCUACAUUGCACAGUGACCUCCCAAUUUAAAGAUUUGGACUGAUUUCACAUCUGAGUGCAUUUCUAUGAUCUGGGUAUAUCCCUGUUCUGAUAAUUGUCAGUGCUUGCCUUUAAGGAUUAUGUUGUUCUCAACAAUAAUUCAUAUUUGUAUUGUUCCUUUAAUGCAAUAAAGAAUGUACUUCACUUGA